AUGUCACUCAGUGUAACGACCGCACCCGAAGAUGUUGUUGGCCUCCCGCCCGUUCCUCAAUUCAACGCCAAAAGUCCUGGCAUCCCACGAAACGGUGGCCAAGCCGCAUCAUCUUCCAACGAUGAGCACCUACGCUUCAACCCCGUCAUUGUCGUGCUCGUCGGUUACCUCGAACAAGUCUGCCCGGGGGGCCUAGACUCCGCAGUCCAGUCCGCUUGCGAGAAGAGCCCAGGCUUCAUGGAAAAGUUGGACAUCAAGGACUCCCGCUCAUUCCUGCAUUUCGCAAACGACCUCCUGAAGUGGGUACCUUGCGAGAGUUUCGGAGGCAAAGACAUUUACGACAUCCUAUGCGUCUUCUACUUUGUCUUGGAUCAACCUCCGCUCCGCGAGAUGCAGACCUCGAUCCGCCCGGAUUCCGACGGACUCACCUGGCUAUCUUCCUGGAUUGUGGUGUUUGCGCAACUCAUCGGCCAGUUCUUGGACACGCCUGCUUCAAUCACGCCCGAGUCCCUGCAGUCGUUCAUAAAGUCACCGCCAUACCGCUUCCACGAGGCAGAGGUUCCGCACGGUGGCUUCAGGACGUUCAACGAGUUCUUCACGAGGCGUCUAAAGCCCGGCUUGAGGCGAAUUGACUCUCCCGAAGAUGACAGAGUCGUGGUGUACCCCGCCGACUGCACGUAUGACAACUCGCUGGUCAACCAAAGCGUUGCCAGAAUCCAAAACGGGGCCGUCAAGAUCAAGAACGUUCAUUGGACGAUUCAGAUGCUGCUACAGGAUAGUGAGUAUUCUGACGACUUUGAGGGGGGAAUUUGGAUGCACGCUUUCCUGAACACCAACAACUACCACCGCCAACACGCGCCGGUCGCUGGGACGGUACUGGAAGCCAAGAAUAUCCAGGGCAUGGCGCACCUCGAGGCCGACUCUGUAGGCGGGCAUGUCCGCAUGAUGGGCGGGGCGGACUCCUCGGAGAACCCAGGUUACCAGUUCCUACAGACAAGGGGGUUGGUCAUUAUAGACAACCCUGUGCUCGGUAAGGUGGCGUUUCUGUCCAUAGGAAUGGCCAUGGUCUCGUCCGUAGACCUCUUUGUCGCCAAGGGCGAUGUGUUGAGAAAGGGCGACGAGGUCUCGUGUUUUAGGUUUGGAGGGUCGGAUGUCAUUUGCAUUUUCCAGAAGAAAGCAGGGUUGAAAGUUGAAGAUUUCGUCCCGACGACGGGGGAGUUCUCCAGGUACGGGAGUCUCUUAGCCCGAGCGCGGACAAAAGAUGGAUCCAUGUAA